AUGGGUCCGCUAGCGUUCAUCCUUGUUGGUGGAUUACUGUAUUUUCAAGCUGAUGGAUCCCGUCUGCGCCAGGAGGACUCCCCACCCCGGAUUGUGGAGCACCCCUCUGACCUGAUUGUAUCCAAAGGGGAGCCCGCCACUCUCAACUGCAAAGCAGAGGGGCGGCCGACCCCGACAGUGGAGUGGUACAAGGAUGGAGAGCGGGUGGAAACGGACAAAGAUGACCCACGUUCUCACCGCAUGCUGUUGCCCAGUGGCUCGCUUUUCUUCCUGCGCAUCGUUCACGGACGUCGGAGCAAACCAGAUGAGGGAGCCUAUGUCUGCGUGGCCCGGAACUACCUGGGAGAAGCUGUCAGCCGCAACGCAUCUUUGGAAGUAGCCUUGCUGCGAGACGACUUCAGACAAAACCCUACAGAUGUGGUGGUGGCAGCAGGAGAGCCGGCGAUCCUUGAGUGUGUUCCUCCCAGAGGCCAUCCUGAACCCACCAUCUACUGGAAGAAGGACAAAGUGCGAAUUGAUGACAAGGAUGACAGGAUCACCAUUCGAGGAGGGAAACUAAUGAUCUCCAACACAAGAAAGAGUGACGCUGGCAUGUACAUCUGUGUGGGCACCAACAUGGUCGGAGAAAGGGACAGCGAGACAGCACAAGUCACAGUGUUUGAGCGACCAACUUUCCUCCGGAGGCCCAUCAACCAGGUGGUCCUGGAAGAGGAGACAGUGGAGUUUCGCUGCCAGGUACAAGGAGACCCCCAACCCAAUGUGCGCUGGAGGAAAGAUGAUAUCGAUGUUCCCCGUGGGAGGUAUGAGAUCAAGUAUGACAAGGACGACUAUGUGCUGAAAGUGAAGAAGGCGUCCAUUAACGACGAGGGCAUGUUCACCUGUGUGGCAGAGAACCGUGUGGGAAAGCUGGAGGCCUCUGCCACACUCACAGUCAGAGCUCGCCCUGUCGCCGCACCCCAGUUUGUCAUCCGUCCAAGGGACCAAAUUGUGGCUCAGGGCCGCACCGCCACCUUUCCGUGUGAAACCAAAGGAAACCCUCAGCCUGCAGUCUUCUGGCAGAAGGAGGGAAGUCAGAAUUUGCUGUUUCCCAACCAACCCCAGCAGCCCAACAGUCGCUUCUCGGUGUCGCCCAGCGGAGACCUCACCAUCUCAUCUGUGCAGCGGGCAGAUGCUGGUUACUAUAUCUGCCAGGCGCUGACCGUUGCAGGCAGUAUCCUCGCCAAGGCUCAACUGGAGGUCACAGAUGUGCUCACAGACAGACCACCACCAAUUAUUCGCCAAGGCCCGUCCAAUCAGACACUCGGGGUGGACAGUGUGGCACUGCUGAAGUGCCAGGCAUCGGGAGACCCCAUCCCCUCCAUCAGCUGGUUGAAGGAUGGGGUCAGUCUGCUGGGAAAGGACCCCCGCAUGUCUCUGCAGGAGCUGGGGAGCCUGCAGAUCAAAAACGUUAAGCUUUCAGACUCUGGGAUCUACACAUGUGUAGCUACCAGCUCCAGCGGUGAAACAUCAUGGAGUGCUUUCUUGGAAGUCAAAGAAUCAGGUGGGGUGAUGGUCAUGAAGACCCAUGAUGAGAAUGAGCUUCCAGGCCCUCCAUCUAAACCUCAGGUCACUGAUGUCACCAAGAACAGUGUGUCCUUGUCCUGGCAGCCUGGGAUGGCUGGAGCAUCGCCUGUCUCCUCCUUUGUCAUUGAAGCUUUCAGUCAAUCCGUGAGCAACAGCUGGCAGACAGUAGCAGAUCACGUCAAAACCACCCAGUUUACUGUCAAAGGUCUUCGCCCCAACACCAUCUACCUGUUCAUGGUCCGAGCAGUCAACAGCCAGGGCCUGAGUGAUCCAAGCCCCAUGUCUGAUCCUGUCAGAACACAAGAUAUAAGUCCUCCAGCUCAGGGUGUCGACCACAGGCACGUACAGAAGGAGCUUGGUGAGGUCAUAGUUCGGUUGCACAACCCAGUCGUCCUGAGUCCCACAACCAUUCAGGUCACAUGGACGGUGGAUCGUCAGUCCCAGUUCAUCCAGGGUUACAGAGUUCUGUACAGGCAGACAUCUGGACUGCCUUCACCAGGACCUUGGCAGACCCAGGAUGUGAAGGUCCCCUCUGAGCGCAGUGUCAUCCUCUCUGCACUCAAGAAGGGAAUUGUGUAUGAGAUCAAGGUCCGGCCUUAUUUCAACGAGUUUCAAGGCAUGGACAGUGAAUCCAGGACGGCACGGACAACUGAGGAAGCUCCCAGUGCCCCUCCUCAGCAGGUAACAGUCCUGACCGUGGGAAACCAGAACAGCACUUCCAUUAGCAUCUCCUGGGACCCCCCUCCAUCAGACCACCAGAACGGCAUCAUCCAAGAAUACAAGAUCUGGUGUCUAGGGAAUGAGACACGUUUCCAUGUAAAUAAGACAGUGGAUGCAGCCAUACGCUCUGUGGUGGUGGGCGGGCUGCAGGUGGGAGUGGUGUAUCGAGUGGAAGUGGCUGCCAGCACAAGUGCAGGGGUCGGAGUCAAGAGUGAUCCUCAGUCUAUUAUAAUCGGUAAGGAGUUCCGGGACGUGAUCAUACAUGGAAACCGGAACAACAGCAUCACAGAGCAGAUCACUGAUGUGGUGAAGCAGCCUGCUUUCAUCGCCGGUAUUGGAGGUGCCUGCUGGGUCAUCCUCAUGGGCUUCAGCAUUUGGCUCUACUGGAGGAGAAAGAAGAGAAAGGGCCUGAGCAACUACGCAGUUCAGUCCUUCACCUUCACCCCUGCAGUGACAUUCCAGAGAGUUGAUGGCGGUCUGAUGAGCAAUGGAAGCCGGCCAGGACUGUUGAAUGCGGGUGACCCAGGCUACCCCUGGUUAGCGGACUCUUGGCCAGCCACCAGCCUGCCUGUCAACAGCAGCUCCGGGGGACCCAAUGACCUGAGUAACUUUGGCCGAGGAGAUCUCCCUACUGGUCAAGGGGAUAAGACAGGCACCAUGCUCUCUGAUGGAGCCAUCUACAGCAGCAUAGAUUUCACCACUAAAGCCAACUACAACAGCCCUGGCCAAGCAUCCCAGGCCACUCCCUAUGCCACCACUCAGAUUCUCCACUCCAGCAGCAUCCAUGAGCUGGCUGUGGACCUGCCCGAGGCCCAGUGGAAAGCUUCACUCCAGGCCAAGCAAGAGAUGGCCAACCUGGGCUACUCCCUGCCCGACAAGAAUUCCUGCAACAACACCCUCCUUUUCAUUCCUGACUACCGAUUGGCCGAAGGAUUGUCUAAUAGAAUCCCACACAACCAAUCACAAGAUUUCAGCACCACCAGCUCUCACAACAGCUCAGAGCGAAGCGGCAGUCUCUCAGGUGGAAAGGGAGGAAAGAAGAAGAAGACCAAGGCUGGCUCCAAACCCACUAAAGCCAAUGGGUCCAACUGGGCCAAUGUUCCCCUGCCCCCUCCCCCUGUUCACCCUCUCCCUGGCACUGAGAUGGACCAUUAUCCCAAUGAGCACCAUGAAGGAGGAGGGUAUGAGAGUGAUGGCUGGGGCCCCCCCAUGCCCGUCCAGACCUAUCUUCACCAAGGCAUGGAGGAUGAGCUGGAAGAAGAGGAGGAGAGGGUCCCCACCCCGCCCAUCCGAGGAGUUGCCUCCUCUCCGGCUGCUGUGUCCUUUGGACAGCAGUCCACAGCCACCCUUACCCCUUCUCCUCGGGACGAGAUGCAGCCCAUGCUCCAGGCCCAUUUGGAUGAACUGACUAGGGUAUACCAACUGGACAUGGCAAAACAGACAUGGCACAUGCAGGGAGGCUCUCUCCCUCCACAGGCUCCAGCUCCUCCUGUGGGCUACGUGUCGAGCACAAUGAUCUCUGACCAGGAGACUGAUCUGCCUGAUGAGGAGGAGGAGGAGGACGAUGAGGAAGAGGAUGAAGGUUAUGGAGCCAGGCAUCCCCGUGGUAUUGAGCACACACCAGGGUCUAGCAUGGACAACCUGGACAGCUCUUUAACAGGGUCCAUGGUGAAUGGGUGGGGCUCAGCCUCAGAGGAUGACCGUAAUUUCUCCAGCCAUAGGUCCAGUUUGGGCAGUUCGUCUGACGGCUCCAUCUUUACCCACUGCAGCUUUGCACAGGCCCUGGUGGCCGCUGCAGACAAGGCAGGCUAUCGCCUGGAUGGCACUAGCCUCAGCAAGAGAGGUAAAGGCUUGUCCCACAGGCCCCGGCCCAGCAGUCCAUUCUCAACAGAUGGCAGCACAGUCGGCACACACAGCUUGGGCCACCAGAGGGCCACUAGGCCCACACGCAAACCCCGAAGCCAGGGCACAGCACCCCACCGGAGAGAUGCUGGUGCAGACGACCUACCUCCUCCCCCUGAGCCUCCUCCCUGUCAGGGACAGGGCCGUAUCCAGGGAGCUCGCAGUGUAAGCAGCAUGGUGCCCCCUACAGACAGGAAGGCUUCUUCUCUGGAGCGUCCGCCUAUGUCAGGACCCCUGUCUGGGCCAGAUGACAUGAAGAGCUCCAUUGACAGACAGACACGCACUUCUCUGGAACAUCAUCGCCAGGCUCAAGACAGGCUGGGCUCCGUGGACCGGGCUGAUGAUGGGCGCAGGGGACACAAAACAGAGGAAGGGUGCCUGCCAUACAGUAAACCAUCGUUCCCCUCCCCUGGUGGACACAGCUCCUCUGGCACAGCCUCCUCUAAGGGCUCGACAGGGCCGCGUAAGACCGAGGGUCCACGACAGCCGCAACAGUGGACCGCCACAGAGCAUGCUGAAUUCCUAGGGACCAACGGACAGGGACAGUACUCGGGGGAGUUAUAGUGAUCUGCCUGGGACGUGAACUGGAGAAAACCCAGUCUGUCAAUGAAAGAAUGACGCCCUCCUUGUUGGGGCAACGAACUUUGUCCUUACCUGUGUGUUCUCAGAGGGAAGGAGUGCA